AGGUCACGUGCGCUCCGGUCACCUGAGGCUCGGUCACGUGCCAGGGCCGCACCGCCUGCGGCUCGGCUUCCGGAGACCUGCGGGGCUCAGCGGGGGCGGUCGUGCGGCCCCGGAGCUCACCAAGCUGCACGGCCGGGAUGAUGAACGGGACCACCCCCGACCAGGAGCGGGCGCCGGCGUCCGAGCCCGUGUGGGAGCGGCCCUGGUCGGUGGAGGAGAUCCGCAGGAGCAGCCAGAGCUGGUCGCUGGCGGCGGACGCGGGCCUACUACAGUUUCUACAGGAAUUCUCACAGCAGACUAUCUCUAGGACCCAUGAAAUCAAGAAACAAGUGGAUGGACUAAUUCGGGAAACUAAAGCCACAGAUUGUCGUCUGCAUAAUGUCUUCAAUGACUUCCUUAUGCUGUCUAAUACCCAGUUCAUUGAGAACCGCGUCUAUGAUGAAGAAGUGGAGGAGCCGGUACUCAAGGCUGAGACAGAAAAACCAGAACAGGAGAAGACCCGGGAACAGAAAGAAGUAGAUCUGAUUCCUAAGGUCCAGGAGGCUGUGAACUAUGGCUUACAAGUGCUGGAGAGUGCAUUUGAGCAACUAGAUAUAAAAGCAGGAAAUUCAGACUCUGAAGAAGAUGAUGCUAAUGAGCGGGUGGAAUUGAUCCUGGAGCCAAAGGAUCUGUACAUUGAUCGUCCUUUACCUUACUUAAUUGGGUCAAAGCUAUUCAUGGAGCAGGAAGAUGUAGGCCUUGGAGAGCUUUCUAGUGAAGAAGGUUCAGUAGGCAGCGAUCAUGGUAGUAUUGCGGACAGUGAAGAAGAGAACGAGGAAGAGGAGUCAGAUGAAGAUUUUGCCAAUCACAGUGACAAUGAUCAAAACCAGCACACUGCACAGCUGAGUGAUGAAGAAGAGGAUGAUGACGGUUGUGACAUUUUUGCUGACUCCGAGAAGGAGGAGGAAGACAUUGAGGACAUCGAAGGAAAUUCCAGACCUAAAAGAAGUAGACCUACGUCAUUUGCUGAUGAGCUGGCGGCUCGGAUCAAAGGGGAUGCCGGGAGCCGGGUGGAAGAGGAGCGAACAGCCUUUUCCCCAGGGGAGGCCAAACCUCGGAAGACGCUGAAGGAGAAGAAGGAAAGGAAAAGCCCCUCAGGUGAUGAGGAAGAUAACCUCUUUGCACCCCCUAAGCUGACGGAUGAAGACUUCUCGCCAUUUGGUUCUAGAGGUGGCCUGUUCAGCGGAGGGAAGGGACUUUUUGAUGAUGAGGACGAGGAGAGCGACCUCUUCACAGAAGCCCCCCGGGAUCGGGACGCUCGAGCCCCUGUUAACGAAGCACCGUCAUCCUCCAAACCUGGAAAGAAAAUCCCAGCAGGAGCCGUCUCUGUAUUCUUAGGGGACACUGAUGUGUUUGGUGCUGCCUCUGUUCCAUCACUGAAGGAGUCCCAGAAGCCCGAGCAGCCUGCUCCGGGGAAAAGCUCGCACCCGCCAGCGUCUGCCAGCCUCUUCGAUGACGAAGACGAUGAUGAUGACUUUUUUGCGGUCUCCCAUAGCAAGCCUUCCAAGACAGACAAAGUCAAAUCCACUGCCAAUAUCUUUGAUGACGAGGAAGGAGAUCUGUUCAAAGAAAAAGCAUCAGCUUUGCCAGAAGCCUCUGUGAAUCAGACAGAUGAAAAUAAAGCAAGACCAGAGAAAAAGGUUACCCUACCUUCGAGCAAAAAUCUCAAGCUCUUGUCAGAAACAAAGACUCAGAAAGGUUUAUUUUCGGACGAGGAAGACUCUGAGGAUUUGUUUUCUUCUCAAAGUGCGACUAAGUCAAAAGAUGCAUCUGUCCUGCCCAGCAAACUCCCUGCCUCAGUCUCGCUUUUUGAUGACGAAGACGAAGAGGAUAAUCUUUUUGGGGCUACAGCUGCUAAGAAGCAGACCUCAUCUCUACCAACUCAGAGCCAACAGAAAGCAAAACCCUCUGAGCCUUCCAAAAAGAAAGUGUCUGCCUUAUUGUUCAGCAGUGAUGAGGAGGACCAGUGGAAUAUUACCAAUUCACAGACCAACUCAGCAUCUGACAAGCCUAAAGAACUUCGGGACCCUGGGGCCACCCAGGACCAGGAGGUCAAGGCUGUGAAAAAGACCAGCCUCUUUGAGGAGGACGACGACGACGACGAUCUGUUUGCUAUUGCGAAGGACAGCCAAAAGAAGACCCAGAGAGCAUCACUCCUCUUUGAAGAUGAUGGUGACAGUGGAAGCUCCCUGUUCGGCUCCCCUCCCACAUCUGUUCCUCCUGCAGCAACGAAAAAAGAGACUGUCCCUAAAGGAACCCCUUUGCUGUUCAGUGAUGAAGAAGGGAAGGAGGAGGCACAGUUCGGGGUGAAACCUGUGGCUCAGAAGCCUGAGACUGCCAAAGGGUCGGCAGAAUUUGGGAGGACUCGUGUCACUGAGGAGUCCAAAACGCAGGAAGCACCUUUGAAUGUAUCUAAUCAGGAAGCAGCCAAGCAUUCUGAUUUAUUUUCACCAUCAUCUUCCCUGGACAAAGGAAGUAAAAGUAGAACUAAAACGGUUCUUAGCUUAUUUGAUGAGGAUGAGGAUAAAACGGAAGAUCAAAACAGCUUCCAGGCUCCGAAGAAAGAAGUAGGAAAGAGUCCUGAGCCUGAGGCCCGCCCCAAGAGCACAGGCGUCUUCCAGGAUGAAGAGCUCCUUUUUAGUCACAAGCUCCAGAAGGACAAUGACCCAGAUGUUGACCUUUUCUCCGGCACCAAAAAAACCAGGUUGCUGGAGCCAAGUGUUGGGAGCCUAUUUGGGGAUGAUGAAGACGAUGAUCUUUUCAGCUCUGCCAAGUCGCAUCCUUUGAUACCAGAAAAGAAGAAGGUAGUGAAAAAAGACCAGUCUGUUUCCUCUUUCAAGAAUCAGAAACAUCCUGAAUCCACUCAAGGUAUCAAAGAAAAAGGCAUAUGGAAAUUGGAGACACCUCAGGACUCUCCAGGUCCCGCUCCAUUUAAAAGCAAAGAGCCAUCCCCUCGGAUCUGGAAAAUACAAGCAAAUUUAGCAAUUAACCCAGCAGCCUUGCUUCCUGCAGCGACGACCCAGAUCUCGGGAAAGAAGCCUGUUUUGUCGGAGUUGGAUUGUCCUUCGUCUGAACCCGGGAGGAUCCACAGUCCAGAAAGUGUGCCUGCUCUUCCCGGGAGCGGGGAGGCUGGCGUGAGUUUUGAUCUCCCAGCUCAGGCAGACACCUUACCCAGUGCCAACAAGAGCCGGGUCAAAGUGAGAGGGAAGCGUAGACCACAGACGCGUGCAGCCCGGAGGCUGGCUGCCCAGGAGUCCGGCGAGGCUGAGGACAUGAGCGGCCCCAGAGGAUUUGUUGCCCAGUUGGCAGAUGGCACUACUUCACUGGAUAGUCGUCAGCCACAGCCCAGGGCGACUGGUGGAGAAGAGAGGUCUGAAGAGGCCGUGGCAGCUGCGACUCCAACUUGGGCAGGUGGUCCUGUGCUGGGAGUGGACAGAAGCCCCUUUGCCAAGUCUCUGAGUCAGCCUCUGGAGGGUGACCUUUUUGAUUCUGGAGACAUCUUUUCCAAGGGCAUCACAUCUCAGUCCACGGGGAGAAGAAAAGCCAAGGGGAAGGCAGCAGACAGCCCGGCCAACCCGCCCGGGGGGAGUAAAGAAAAAAGCCUCCUGUUUCCUCCUCUGGGGGAAGCAGGCAGUGACGACGAUCUCUUCCAGUCUGUUAAACCAAAACCAGCGAAGAAAACGAAUCCUUUUCCUCUCCUGGAAGAUGAGGAUGAUCUCUUCACAGACCCAAAAGGCAAGAAGAAUGAGUCAAAACCCAACAGUCAGCAGGAUGUUCUCUCAAAAACAGAAGAUAUUUUUGAGGAUGAUAUAUUUGCUACAGAAGCAAUUAAACCUUCACAAAAAACAAGAGAGAAGGAAAGAACAUUUGAAUCCAACUUGUUUGAUGAUAACAUUGAUAUCUUUGCUGACCUAACUGUAAAACCCAAAGAAAAGUCCAAAAAGAAACUGGAAGCUAAGUCUAUAUUUGAUGAUGAUAUGGAUGAUAUCUUCUCCUCUGGUAUCCAGGCUAAGACAGCCAAACCAAAAAGUCGAUCUUCACAGACAGUACCUGAACCAAGAUCUGAACAGAAGGUGUCCGGCAUAUUUGAUGAUCCCUUGAAUGCCUUUGGAGGCCAGUAACGUGUACAGGGUAUCUUUCAGCUACAUCCUUGAGUUAAUGAUGCUGUCUUGAGUGCUCAUUGUCUUAACUGGAUUAUAAAAAGCAAAUACUGAAACAGCUACCCAACUUACUUAGUAUUUUUCUGUACUAGUUUUAAUCAUGCUUAAUACUGCAAAACAAAAAUAAAUGUUUCACAGUG